UCGUCUAGGUGGUGUCUGUUUGCUCACUGGACAUAGUGCCAAAGAAAGGGUUAUGAAAAAAGGAAAUUGAGAGCCUAAAAGAACACAUUGGGAAAAUUAAUUUGUAUUGACCACUAUGGCCGUUCCUGCGACUCUUCCGGUUCACUCCGGUACUUCUGCGGUGUCCGGUAAACUCUUCAGGACAGACCCGUUCUACACGAGUCCCGCUGACUCGCCGCAACUGAUAAACUCCCUGAACGAGACGCUUCUGAGCGGCGCGGCGACCAACGAAUGCAAAAUCGUGGAGGUGCACGGGGUGAAAGUCGCUGCUUUCAACGUUGAUGGACAGGAGCUCAUUUGUCUACCGCAAGUCUUCGACCUUUUUUUAAAGCACCUCGUCGGCGGACUGCACACCGUGUACACGAAACUCAAGCGUUUGGAUAUUAACCCGGUGGUGUGCACUGUGGAGCAGGUGCGCGUGUUGCGCGGACUCGGUGCCAUCCAACCCGGAGUGAACCGCUGCAAACUCAUUUCGAGAAAGGAUUUUGAGGCACUGUACAACGACUGUACCAAUGCAAGCUCACGUCCUGGACGCCCACCUAAGCGCUCCUAUGUGGCCAGUGUGCAGGAAGGCCCCAGAGUUCUCCACCAUAGAGCAAACAGCCUAAUGUCACCAGCCCUGCUGUCACCCACAGCAGGCCUGACAACAGCAGCGGUGGCUGAAGCAUUGAAGAUCCAAAAGAUUAAGAGGAUGAUGAAUGUACACAAGAACCACAACGGCUCAGAAUUCGAUUCAGAUGAGCUUAAUUCUACUACAGGACAUAGUGAUUUGUCCUGGGAGAAAGGGAAACAUCCAUCACUUGUUUCAGAGAAAACACAGCACAACAUGAAGAACUCUCAGCUCAAUUCUCUCCAACACACCCAUCUACUGGCCAACAGACUGGACCUGCCCUUCAUGAUGGUGCCGCAUCCCCUGCUUCCUGUUGGACUUCCUCCUGCCUCAGUUGCUAUGGCAAUAAACCAGAUGAGCCACCUUAAUACAAUUUCCAACAUGGUUGCCAGUGCACAGGUGCACAGCCCUAUCUGCAGGCCGACAUCUGUCAUCAAGCAGGAGUGUUUUGAAGAUAGUCCCUCUCUGACAUCAUCUGUAGAGGGAACAGUUCCUCAGAAAACAGAGCUGUCACCUCAACAUACCAGUUCAGUUUCCAGCAGUCCCACGCACCCUCACACACACUCUCCACAAAAAGUAGCUCAUGAGUUUCAUGAUGAACAGAGGGAGACAGAUUCAACUCUGCAUAUGAACAGGUUUUCCAAUGACAGGGUUGAGCAACAUACGGUGAAGCCAACAAUAUUUGAGAAGAUCCCCCCUCAGACGUUUCCCCCGGGAUUCCCUGCUUCCCUACUAUUCACAGAUGGCCUCUCCUCUGUAGAGACACUACUCACCAAUGUCCAGGGUCUGCUGAAGGUGGCUUUGGAGAACGCUCGUGUGCAGGAGAAGCAGCUUCAGCAGGAGAGGAGAGAGCUGAAGAUGGAGCUGUACAGAGAGAGAGAGAUGAGAGAGAGUCUAGAGAGACAGCUCACCUUUGAAUUGCACAGUCGAGCCACCAUUCAAAGACGUUUGAAGAAGGAGAAGAAGGCAAAGAGGAGGUUGCAGGAGGCUCUGGAAUAUGAGUCCAAGAGGAGAGGGCAAAUUGAGCAGGCUUUACAGCAGGCCACCUCUUCAGACUCUCUCACACUCGAUCCAAUCAAUCUGGACAUGGACAUGGAGCACUGCAGAAGCCCGGAGGACAAUUGCAUGUUACAAGAAAGCAGAACAUACACAAAGAACCCAAUAAUGUACUAAGAAGAGGCCACCUAAAGGCAAGCCUGUUCCACACAUUGUGGAUAAAACCUACACAAAAACAACAAAACAAUAAACUUUCCUAAUGCAGAUACCAGCAUGGACUUUUUAAAUAAUGGAGAUGUUAUUGUUAUACAGUAUCUACAUAGACUUUACAUAAUUCCCUGUUUAACCCUUGUGCGUCAAUAAAAAAGUUACUCAGAGGUCCUUAGUGGACAAAAAUAUCUGCAUAAAAAACUGCCAUAAUAAUAAUAUAUAUUAAUAUUAUUUUCCACUUUUAAAGAGUUAUUUUUUUAACCAACACCAGUCCUGAUCAUAACUACCAAAUAUUCAUUCAUUUUCAGGAUUUUAACCCUUUAAAUGCCAGUUUGUUUAUAUAAUGCCACUGUUGUUUUUUAUGAAAAAAAAAAAACAAAAAAGAAUUAUUUUCCAUAUAAUAAACGCUAAGGGGAUUUUUUUUUUUAUUAUUAUCACAGUCUGGGAUAUGUCAAUGAUUAGCAACAACAUUGAUUUUGAUGCAUUAUUAUUUUGUAGUGUCAGAUUUAAAAAAAAAAACUCAGGAUCUUAGAGGACAAAAACAUCUGUGUCAAGUAAACGUAUGAUAUAUUAAUAUUAUUUUCCACUUUUAAAGAGUUAUUUUUUUAACCAACGUCAAUCCUGAUCAUAACUACCAAAUAUUCAUUCAUUUUCAGGAUUUUAACACUUUAACUGCCAGUUUGUUUACAUAAUGCCACUGUUGUUACACACACACACACAACACACUCUGACAUCCAUACCAACACACCCAUUUAGCUGCAUCAUUAAUUAAAUUGGCCUGCAGUGCUCUAUAAUACAGCAAACAGAAAAUACGAAAAAAGCAUGUAUUUGCUCCAUAGGCUAAACAUGAGAAAAAUGGCGCCAUCUGAUGGAAAAUAUAAAAUAUUUACAUUUGGAGCUAGGGCUUUGGAAUGAAAGCAUAAUAUAUAUGCUUUAAUGGCACUGGCAUAAAAUAUUGCAAUUUUAAUGGGUUUCAACACUUUUGUCCUUAAGUUCCUGAGUGUAACAAUUUUUUGUACACAGUGUAUUAUAGAUGUAUUAUAGGAACUGAGGUUGAAAUAUGAAAAUUCCCCCCAAAAUACACACCAUUGGCAUUAACACUAAAAUGAUUGAAAAAACAAAAUGAAAAAGACAAAAAUGUCCCGGAGGUCGCACAAGGGUUAAGCACACUUGACGUAUGGAGAGCAGUAAUGCCUUCCUGUUAUUUAAUUGGAAGCAUCUACUGAAAUGGAUUCUGCUGUCACUUUAAGGACAGUGACCUACAGUUCCAUUUGCUCAAGAUGGAAUGAUAAAAAUGUAAAAAAAAAAAAAGAAAUGGGACAAGAGAGGGAGCUUGCAUCUGGCUUUCAGAGAAGACCACUUUAGUGUUUUUAAUUCUUCUUGUUUGAAAGUUUCGAAAAAAAAGCAUGCUUUUCUGUUUUAUGUCCAUGUUAUGGUUUUUCUAUCCAUAUCUUUGUAGGUCUGAUUAGCUUCCCGAUUCUUUGUUGAUGUACAAAAAAGUUGAAGAGUUGAAGAGUCAUAACUGUUUCUUCAGUUUGAGAAUUUAAUUUUUUUUUGACUGUAUGUGAUAGUUUCCAGUUUUCAUGAACUUGCAUUAUUUAAUUGGCUUUCAAUCGGAAGGAAAAGCUACUGAAUCCCACUCCAAUCAUUUAAUGUAUUCACAGUAUUCUGUAUUUUGAAAAGUUCUGUUUAAAUAUUUCUUAGUCAACAUGAAAUCAAAAUUGACCCUAUUUACUUUAAUACACCUUCCUUAAUGUGAACAAAUCGUUGGUGCACAUUAUUCCAUAGAGAAAAUGUUUUUGUCUGCAAUAUUUCAUCAAAUUUGAUCCGCCUCUAAAACGACUAUCCCUUUCAGCUGAUGUCAUCGAGCUUUCUUAUAUUUUAGCCCCUCUCCUCCAAACUAUUGUAAUAAAGGCCACUUUUCACAAUCUAUUUAAUCGCUGAUUAAAGUACCACCCUAUAUUUUUCUAAUUUAAUUUCCGUUCACUCUGAAAUUCAAUAUUGGAACAUAAGUCUCAUUACGGAAAUAAAAUUGGUUGUGAAUGCAGUUUCACAAUAUAAAUCACACUUUAAGCAAUAUAUGUUGACUUAAAUUUUAAACCGAUCACAACAUUCAUUAAAGCUUGUUUCGAAAGUCUCCCUUAAAUUUACUCCCUUUAUCUGAUAAGGAAACCUCUGGUUUUGUUUAAUCUGUGGAUUUUGUAGAUGUGUUUUCCUUUUCCCAAGCAUUUACAGAGAUUUGAUUCACUAACCAUUUUAGCAUCGGCUAAAACUAGACACUAGACCCCAGAGGAUAUUUUCUUAUGUGUUUGGCAUUUCCCCUACAUAUGAGUCUUUAUUUAGUCUGAGAGUUACUUAAAGAGGAAAACAGACUUCCCACGGAACAUAAUUCCCUGCUGAUGUCAUCAGGAUGAGCCAUCGAUCCUAUAGACAUUCAAAUGCUAAUGAUGUCUCAAAAGGUCUAGAUCAAUGUCUGUCACAAUUUUAUCCUCCAAAAAGAAGCAACAACACAAAUAAACAAAGGAAUGCUCAUGUCAGUGGUGUCACCUUGUCGUCAAUAAUGUCCCCAUUAGAGAUUAAAUGUCUCUGAGCUGCAAAGUAUUGGCUUUCAUUGACAGAUAUCAAAGUCCUCAUUAACAUUCAUUGUCAGUAGUUAUCUCAGGGUAUAAUGACUGGCAUUUCAGAGUAAGUGUCGGUUGAUGAUGCUACCAUACUGUUCCUGGAAAGACUCUGGUUUUUGGUAUUUGACUGUAUAUGGUUCAUUCUAAUCUUAGGCCAAUGAUACCAGGGCCAUAACAACAAUAGACAUAAGAUAGGAUCAGUGAUCAUCAAACAUAGGUUUUCAAUGGCUGGUUCUAAAACUAUUACCCCAAAUCCUAAAUACAGUAUGUCAAUAUAGUCUCAUGACAACUCAUAAUAAUUCAUACAAAAUGGCAAAAUCGUACGAUUGAAUGAAAAGAAUACAACUUUUAUUCCCAUACAUACCAACCAAUUAACAAAUAUAAUUUCAAAAGUUUUUAAAAGUAAUUGUGGCAGGGUGCAGGGCAGGGCCGGGUCGUGAUCCUACACACCCGGUCCCGUAUUAGGCUAAUCAAGCCUCCCGAGAGGGAUAAAGGAGGAGGCGAGAACUGGCUUGACGAUAUAAAUAAUAUUUGAAUGAGAAACUUAAAAGACACAAACACACACGACGGACAUGUCCGUAAACGAUCUCUCUCUCCCGCACGAUCCUCUGUAGUCGACCUUUAUCCCUCUCGGGAGGCUUGAUUAGCCUAAUAGGAUCAUGACCCGGCCACGCCGUCCGCCCUUCCACAUUAAUAUAAUUUAUUUUAUUUAGAUUUAAGUCAGUUUUAUAGAGCCAACAUAAUUUAGUUGGAUUAGGUCAAAUAAAUAUUCUAUAGCAGUUUUAACUCCGUUUACUAAAGUUUAUUUAUGUUGGACAAACUUUUUUAUUUAUCAUUAUUAUGUGCCAUACGAGCAAGUGCAAGGGCAGCAAAACUGUUGCACUGUCACUGUUUAGUAGCAGCUGUAACUUUUAAAUAAAGUUUCACUUGAAAGUAAAAUCCAUCUUCAAACUAAGCACAAGGGCCAUUCUUCACCACAAUAUCUUAUUCACAGCAGCGCCAUCUUUAAAUUUGAAAGGGAAUGACAACAUGGCUGUGAGGUCUCUUCAAUGGGCUCUACUGCAGUUUAAAGUGUUUUUGGAUCAUUCCAUGGACAAAACACAGAACAUUUUAGUUACAACAACAUUCAGUUGACAAAAAAACUUGUGGAAAAUCAGAUGGGAUCUAGGAGCUUAAGACAGCUUUAUACUGUGCGCGUCAUUAUGGGGACUGCAUACCUAUCCCACACAGCCUCAUUUUCAUUCAAUUAUAACGAUAGAGCUC